AUGGGCGGCCGGGCCGGGCCGAUCUCCUCAGCAGGGCGAAUGAGUCCUAUAGAAAUGUUUGUGCAGGGCGAAGCGCCGGCUCCAGAGCCGCAUCCACGCGGGGGCCGCCGCCGCCUGGGCCCGGGGCGCCGCUGCCGGGGGAAGCAUCGCACUCACACUCUCAUUCUGGGCCGCGCCGCCGCCUGGGCCCGGCUCCCGCUGCGCCGCAGGGACGGGACGGGACCGGGAGCGCCGGCAGCUGGGAGCCGGGAGCCAGCCGGCCGCCCGCCGCCGCCGCCGCCGCCGCCUGCCUGCUGCACUCUGGGUAGCCGGCCGGGCCCGCCGCGCCCGCGGGAGGCACCCGGCUGCGAGCCGCGAGAGGCGGGCGCUCCCCACCCCCUGCCCGCCGCGGGCCCCGCCGGAUCCCCCCCGCUGCUGCCCGGCGGCCCCGCGCCGUUCAGCCGCCCCGAGCUGUGCGCGGGGCACAGGUGGGCGCGGGUCGCAGCGCAGGCCCCGACCCCUUAG